UUAAUGAAAAGCAGUUUGAGCACAAGCAUGACAGUAGUUAAUGUUGCUCCUGGGCUUCCCUGCAGCAGCAUAAGGAGUGGGAAUAUAAUGGCUAUUUUAAAUCUUCUUCUGCUCCUUUGCUUAUUUCCAAUAAAUGAAGCAACUGCUGAAAAGCCUAAUGUAUUACUGCUCCUGGUGGAUGACCUUGGUAUCGGGGAUGUUGGUUGUUUUGGGAAUAAUACAAUAAGGACUCCUAACAUUGAUAGAUUAGCAAGAGAAGGUGUAAAGCUUACUCAACACGUUGCAGCGGCUUCCUUAUGUUCCCCAAGUCGAUCAGCUUUCUUGACCGGCCGAUACCCCAUCAGAACAGGCAUGACUGGUCAUAAUAACGGUUAUAGGGUUCUAAUGUGGAAUGCUGUGUCUGGAGGGAUUCCUACAAAUGAGACAACAUUUGCACAAAUAUUGAAGGAACAAGGUUAUUCUACAGCAAUCAUGGGAAAAUGGCACCUUGGGGUAAACUGUGAAUCCAGAAAUGACUUUUGUCACCAUCCAUUAAAUCAUGGAUUUGAUUAUUUCUAUGGAACACCUUUCACACUUGUGAAUGACUGUGAAGUCUCAAGACCAAGUGAACUUCAUGUGGCUUUUAAAAGGACAUUAUGGUUUUAUGCACAGAUUUUUGCCAUUACGCUGCUCACACUUGGAGCUGCCAACUUAUGGCAUGUUAUCAACGUUCCCUGGAAAAUUAUUUUUGCUUUCACCCUUUUUGGUACAGUUUUCUUUAUGUAUUGGUAUGCAGCCUAUGCAUUCCAAAUAUACUGGAACUGCAUAUGGAUGGAGAACUUUGAAAUUGUUGAACAACCAAUGGAUCUGGAAAAAAAAGCUGGUCAAUUAGUUAGAGAGGCCAAGUCAUUUAUUAACAGGAACAAAGAUGGACCCUUUCUCCUCUUUGUAUCUUUUCUGCAUGUCCACACUCCUCAUUACACUACAAAGAAUAUGAUAGGAAGGAGCAAGCAUGAUUUGUAUGGAGACAAUGUAGAGGAAGUGGACUGGAUGAUUGGGGAAAUACUGGACGCUAUCGAUGAGGAAGGUUUGGUUAAUGACACACUUACCUACUUUACUUCAGACCAUGGUGGAUAUUUGGAAGGCAUGACAGGAAGUCCUCAUCUGAAAGGCAGCAAUGGCAUAUACAGAGGUGGUAAAGGCAUGGGAGGACUAGAAGGUGGGAUACGAGUGCCAGGAAUACUACGCUGGCCGAGUGUUAUUCCUGCUAACACAGCAAUUGAUAAACCAACAAGUCUCAUGGAUAUAUUCCCUACAGUCACUAAGCUUGGAGGAGGUGUUCUACCACAGGACAGAAUAAUUGAUGGCAAGGACCUAAUACCUCUUGUGCAAGGAUUAAUACCUGACUCUGAGCACAAGUUCAUGUUUCAUUAUUGUGAUGAGUACUUACAUGCAGUGCGAUGGCAACAAACCACUAGUGAUACCAUCUGGAAAGUUCAUUACUUUUCUCCAAAGUUCAGUCCAGGAGAAGGUGCCUGUUAUUGGUCAAAGCUGUGUCCAUGUUCUGGUGAUAAUGUCAUCUACCAUUCGCCACCAUUGCUUUUUAAUCUCUCUAAUGACCCUUCAGAGAACAAUCCUCUUCCCAGUGACUUGCCGCUAUAUAAUGAAGUACUGCAGACCAUAGAGCAGGCCGUCGCACACCAUAACUCAACGCUGUAUCCUGUGCCUCAGCAAUUAUAUGGCAUAAACAAUCUGUGGAAUCCCAGGCUGCAACCGUGCUGUGGAACCUUUCCACUCUGUUGGUGCAAUAAAAACAAGACCAAUUAAUCACAAACAGUGGCGGCUUUUGCCCUUGGGCUGCAGCACCGUCCACAGUGGGCAGGGGGGAGCUGACCAGGACAUAUGAACAUACAGUACACAUGUGCAGUUGUAUGUAACAUAUGUUCUGGCUUCCUUCCCUGGGGGUCCACCGCGGCCGCAGCACAGAUAUCUCACUGCACAGCCUGUCAAUCCUCAUUUAGCCCGCCCCUGGACUCCCAUUGGCUGGCUUCACUGGAGUCCAGGGGCGGGCUAAAUGAUGAGUGUCAAGCUGAGCACUGAGUUAGUGAUGGGAAAUCUAGUUCAGUUCGGUGAUUAGUUCAUUAUGAUCUAGUUCACUGAAAAGAUUAGUUCAGAAGAUUAGUUCAUCUAGUUCAUUUAGUUCAUCAUUUCACUCACUGACUCUGAGACUGAAAGGAGUGAUUAGAUUUAGAACUAGUCUAGACUAUUACACAUAGAGUAGGCAUUUCUAAUACUAGCUCAUUGUAGGAGUUAUAAUCUUUUUCAAAUGAUCAGAUGUGUGUAAUAUGUCAGAUUUUUUAUUUUUAAGAAAAGCAAUAAGUUAUAUAGCAACCUUAUACUGACAUAUGUAUCUCUGCAAUAUUAAUCCCAUUGUUGGUACUCCUUUUUACUUCAUAAUAGGCAAGUGAAAGACCCAAAUCCAGAGUAAUGUCAUAAAUCACUUUUAGUUUUUUCUGCUUUUAAAAUAUAGUAAUUAAAAGAAAAAGUCCCUUUGCCCCAAUGUAACAGACCUUAGAGAGAUAAAGUGGAGAUGUUGCAAAGCAACCCAUCAGCUUCUGUCAUUUAUGUUCAACAGUAUAUAAAGUGACAGAAGCUGAUUGGUUGCUAGGGGCAACUGCUCAACUUUAUGUCACUUGAAGGUUCAUAGUACAUAUACCCCUGUGUCUUGUGUGGAGUAAUCAUACCCUACAGAAGGCAUGUCCAAACUGCGGCCCUCCAGCUGUUGUGAAACUACAUAUCCCAGCAUGCCCUGACACAGUUUUUC